GUCAUACUUGUGACUUGUGUGAUACUUGUGUGUGCAAAUAAAUUCAGAAACGUGGAACAGUGACUUGAGCGUGCAGAGAAACUGUCACUCGUGAGAGCAGUUCAGUACUGCGAGCACUGAGCACCGAGACGUGAGGACUACCUUUCGCCUUGAUCACCAAGGUGUACACUCACUGACUCUGCUCUGCAUGCUCAAGUCAGCCACCAUUGUGCUCUCUAUUAAGGAUAUUGUUUUAAAUAUUAAACCUCAGCACGAGGAGUUCAUUGCUAGCAGCACACUGCAAGAACCAACAUCAACAGAGCUAAAUAAAAUGUUCCGUAAUGUCCCUGAUUUGGUAUUGGUAUCAGUAUUGACAAGUAUCUAUGCAUCUCUGCUUCUGAGGAAAAAGCUCCACGCAUCUCUGCAGAAUUUUGCCCCCCACCAAGUUACCACAAACAUUUAACAGAUGACUUCCUAUUCAUAAGUUCAGAAAUGUUACUACAAUAUAACUACAUAUUGUCAAUGCUGUGGUGCGCUAUUGUCAUACGCUGUCCCUCAUGUAUUAUAAGCCUUUUUUCUAGAACCAAACAUAAUUUACAAGGUGCAAACUUCUCAGUUUAUCUCUGCUUCUGGAACGUGGUGUGUUUUCUCACUCUCAGUCUAUCACAUGUUCAUAGGCCGUGACCGAGCAAUUGUUUUCUUCACAUCUGGUGUCUGAACACAUCUGGAAAAGUGUUACUAUCUGGCAUAGUCUUGAAGGAAAGUGAGAUGGAGCAAUCAGGCCGGCUUGAUGCAUGUUUUCUCUUUAUUUUUGUAAAGGGAGAGACGUGAAAGCUAGCAAUGAUAUCACAGUGUUUGGGUCAAUCAAAGUCAUGAUGAUAUUCAUGCCGAUUGCAAAACCUUCACUGUUUAGUUUACAGAUUUUUAAGUUUGAGAGUCAUACAUAUUGGGAAUGUGGGAAUCUUCUAUUAGAGAGUGAGGGACAGAGAGAGAGAGCUUCCUUAAAUUGUCUCAUGUCUCUUGGGAACUUUUUUCACAGAAUGAAAUGGUGUUACAGGGGAUGUACCACAAGAGGGAGUCGUGUGGUGUCACUCUCACGCCUCCUGUCGAGAGCAAAGCUGUGUCUGGCACAGGUGGAACCUGUCACAGGUGUCAUGUUUCUGCUCUUUUCCAGCAUCAUCUCAUCAGACAUACUCUUAUUUAUUUCAGGACUAUUUAAAAUAAAUACGUUCAUGCUCAGUAGGUUUCGGUUCUGCUUGUGAGCAACGGGCUGGGAUAAAUAGCUGAGCUAUUUUUAACGAAGUCCAACAGGUGACAUGACAUAUGUUUGCAUCACUCCUGCGAGCAGUCAGACUCUCGGUUUAAUGAUUAAAUGUUAAAUAUGUAGCAAACUGGAGGUUUGGGCCAUGUGGCCUAUGAUAAUGUCCUGCAGAGUAGUUAAUUCGGUGCAGAGAACACCCCCAGCGGUAGAGGAAAUGCCCAAGCUGUGCUUGUGUGUGUGCAUACAAGAGAGGUAGAGAGAGACGGAGCAUGAAUGAGUCUGUGUGUGUUGCGAUAGCUAUGUUGAGCCUUCGCCUCUCCAUAACGUUGCAUCCUGGGACAGAGUUAAAACACCAAGCAAGACAGCAGCAGAUGGAUCAAUGCCGGGAGAGAGAGAGAAAAAAGAGAUGUACAGGCGUGAGGAAAGUGUGACAGAGAACGCAUUCGUGAGUGAGUGUUAGGAUCUUUCUGCCAGGGAAGAAAAAAAACUGUUACACAUAUCACUGGGGGAGUUGCAGAGAGAGAGGGAGAGAGAGAGAGAGCAAAAAAGGAAAGUAGAAGUUAGUGACUCAGAAGUAGUGAGGAAGAUAGUAAUAAACUGAGAGGGAGGAAAGAAGGGGGAGGAAGGUAUAAUUACAGAGAGAGAGAAAGCGAGAGGGUACACACAGUGGAGACACAGGGAAAGAGAGAGAGAGAGAAAGAGUCAGAGAACUGUCUAACCCUGCCCACUUUCUACAAAACCAUUCAGCUCCGGUGUAACGAGCUGCACUCUGUCAGGGUUCUCCUCUCCAGAGCUCUGCCAUCUCUGGUCUCUCCAAGCUCAUCAGGACCGAACCAUAACUGGGACCAGGACUAAAAACACAGGAUCAGAAGCUCCAGGACCUUGACGACAGCUUCCUGUUUUCCAGCAUGUUCACACCUUUCGGAUCAGGAUUAUUUUAGCUUUCUUUCCACGCUCACUUUUUUUUUCUGAGGGUGGCCGGGCGCUCGUCCACUCUAGCUGGAAUCUGAUCGCGAGAAGCGGCGGUGCCCACAAUGCCCUCUCUCGCCCUGCUGAUGGCUCUGGCAAUGCUCCUCUCCGGCUGCCUAUCUGGACGCUGUUCCCCAACGCCCUCGGGCAUGCAAGGCACAACUCCUCUAGAGAGCGAGAGACAGGCAGGGUCUCGGGGGACUGAGCAGGAGGAGGGUGGUGUGGUGAGUCCGUGUCCAUCCUGUGCCCUUGCCCAGUUAGACAGGGAUUCAGAGCCUGGCAUGGUGGAGGCUGUGAAGAGGCACAUCCUGAACAUGCUGCACCUGAGUGCACCACCCAACAUUAGCAAUCCAGUGCCCCGCGCUGCCCUGCUUAAUGCCCUGCGCAAGCUGCACCUGGGCCACGUUGCACAGGAUGGCACGGUGGAGAUUGAGGAUGAAGCAGAAGAGUUUGCAGGACAUGGUGCUGCAGGUGAUGAGCAACCAUCUGAAGUCAUCACCUUUGCAGAGCCAGUUGAUGUUCCUGAUAUGGUGAAGUUUGACAUCUCUAAGGAGAGUGCUGCACAGUUCGUGGUGGAGCAGGCCAAUGUGUGGAUCUUCCUCAAACUGGCAAAGGGAAGCCACGCGAAAGGCAAAGUUUCCCUGCAGCUCCUGCAGACCCCGAGUGUGAGCACAGAGUCGAAUGCAGACUCCCAGGAUGAGGUGUUGGUGUCUCAGAAGAUGGUGGAUGCCCGGCGUAGUGGCUGGCACACCCUGUCCGUGGGAGCCAGUGUGCAGGCACUGCUGGACAGGGGCGGUGGAGAGCUGUGGCUUCGUGUGUCAUGCCCGCUGUGCGCUGACGUGGGUGCAGUGCCAAUCCUCGGUGAAGGAAAAGGGAAGGAGCACUCGCAAUCACACCGCCCUUUCCUGAUGCUGGUGCUACGUCCGGCUGAGGAACGGCAACACCGGCGCAGCAAGCGUGGCCUAGAGUGUGAAGGCAACAUGCGCGCAUGCUGCAAGCGCCACUUCUACGUCAACUUCAAGGACAUCGGCUGGAGCGACUGGAUCAUCGCACCCUCAGGAUACCACGCCAACUACUGCGAGGGUGAGUGCCCAGGCCACGCUGCUAACAUGGCGGGUACGGCACUUUCCUUCCACUCCACCGUCAUCAACCACUACCGUAUGCGUGGCUACAGCCCGUUUGCAGGCAUCCGGUCAUGCUGCGUUCCCACACGUCUCCGCGCCAUGUCCAUGCUCUAUUACAAUGAAGAGCAAAAGAUCAUCAAGAAGGACAUCCAGAACAUGAUCGUAGAAGAAUGCGGCUGCUCAUAAAAUUAAUAAAAUGAAAACCACAAAUCUUGUGGAACUGUUUCAAAACUGCUUAGCCAAGGUCGAAGCACAUGAUUGGUGGAUUAGCAGCCUAGGCUGGCCCACAAACAUUUCCUGAACUGUCAUUGUUUUUGACUUGAACAUGCUCUGUUCAUGAACUGUUCUAUUCAGGACUCGAUUUGAGUGAUCUCUGUGGCACUUUCAUAUAAAUGUAAAAAAAAAAAAAGAGAAA